AUGGCUCCCAAGGUGGUUUCAGGGAAGGCGGCGAAGAAGGCUUCAAAGGUAAAGGUACCGAAGACGGAUAAGGCAAAGAAAAGGCGUAGGAAAGAAAGUUAUGCUAUUUACAUCUACAAGGUGUUGCGUCAAGUGCAUCCGGACACGGGCAUUUCGUCGAAGGCAAUGUCAAUUAUGAACUCGUUUGUGAAUGAUAUAUUUGAGCGGAUCGCUGCUGAAUCGAGUCGGUUGGCACAUUAUAACAAAAAGUCGACUAUCACUAGCAGAGAAAUUCAAACUGCUGUUCGUCUGCUGCUGCCUGGUGAGUUGGCCAAGCACGCGGUUUCGGAAGGCACCAAGGCUGUAACCAAAUACACUGGCUCCAAGUAA